CAGAAAGAAGAAAGUCAUAUACACCUAGGAUGGCUUGAGGGACAAUGAACAAACAGUUGUCAGGAAUCACAGAUCAUCUAAAAACUAAAGAAAGAGACGGAGAGAACAGAAUACAAACAUGUCCAGCGCAGACAACAAAGUGAUUGUUGCCCAGAAUCCUGCUAACAGGAAAAGAUGGAGCAGAGACCAUCCUCCUGCGAUGAGGAUUGUUCUGCUGGGGAAGAGUGUGUCAGAAAACAGUGGAGUGGGAAACUUCCUGUUGGGACGAGAAGCGUUUGACAGUGAAGCUCCUCCAGAUGUUGUAGAGAGAGUCGGAGGAAGAUUGAAGGACAGACACGUGAUGGUCAUCAACAGCCCUCAGCUGUUCCAGACAAACAUCUCAGAUCAUCAGAUCACACAGACAGUGAGAGAGUGUGUGAAUCUGUCUCAUCCAGGACCUCAUGUGAUCGUUCUGCUCCUCAAACAUGAUCAGUGUUCAGCAGAAGAUCAGGAGUGUGUGGAGAAGGUACUGAAAUCUUUCUCUGAGCAGGUUUAUCAACACACCUUGGUGCUCACCACACAAGAGCCCACUGAAACCAAUGACAUCCUACAUAAAAUCAUUCGGAAAUGCUUCUACAGACACUUCAGUCUUCAGAGAAGCAGCUCUCCUGAUGAUCUUCUGCAGAUGUUUGAGGACAUUGUGCAAAACAAUGAUGGACAGCACCUAGAUUGUGCUGAAGAUGAAGCUUCACAGUAUUUCACAAUGAAGCAACAGGACACAGAAAGAUUUUCAGAGGGUGUGAAGCUUAAUCUGGUUGUGUGUGGGAGUGACGGGACAUUAAAAUCCUCCAUAUCAGAGCUGAUCCUGCAGCAGACAGAAAGAGACGUGAAGCUUCAUGGAUGUUUGAUCAGUCUGGUGGAGCUUCCAGCUCUCAGUCGGCUCUCAGAGGAGGAAGUGAUGCGUCAGACUCUCCGCUGUGUGUCUCUCUGUCAUCCUGGAGUUCAUGUUUUCCUCCUAGUUAUUCCUGAUGCUCCACUCAAUAAUGAAGAUAAAGCAGAAAUGGGGGAGAUCCAGAGGAUAUUCAGCUCCAGAAUCAACAAACACAUGAUGAUCCUCAUAAUACAGAAUUCAGAGCAUCAGACAGCAGAACUCUGUGAAGAAACACAGUCUGUCAUUGAAUGUUUUGAAGGAAGACAUAAUUUCUUUGGUCCCAACACACAAGUGUCCACAUUGAUGGAGAACAUUGAGCAGAUGAUGGGAGAAAACAGAGGAGAGUUUUUCUCCACAGAGACAUUUCUGGAAGCACAGAUGAAAAAACUGCUGCAAUUUGAAGAGAUGAAGAAGAAGAUCGACUUACUAGAGACAAAUUUACUGUCACAAGAUUCAACAGAGUGUGAAGAUCUGAGGAUUGUGCUGCUGGGAAAAACCGGAGUUGGGAAGAGUGCAACAGGAAAUACCAUCUUAGGAAGAAAUGUAUUUAAAGUGGAGCAGUCUUUUGAAUCAGUUACUAAAGAGAAUCAGAGAGAAACAUCUGAAAUCAAUGGCCGACACGUUACUGUGAUCGACACUCCAGGACUGUUUGAUACUGAACUGAGUAAUGAGGAGAUCCAGAGAGAAAUCAGCAACUGCAUCUCCAUGAUACUGCCUGGACCACAUGUCAUUCUCCUGCUGAUAUCACUGGGACGCUUUACUAAAGAAGAAACAACAUCAGUAAAGAUCAUCCAAGAGACGUUUGGUGAGAAAUCUUUAAUGUACACCAUGGUGCUCUUCACCAGAGGAGAUAAUCUGAAGGACAAAACUAUUGAGGAGUGUUUGGGAAAACCUGGAUCUGCUUUGAUGAACCUGAUUGGAGCGUGUGGAAACAGAUUCCAUGUGUUCAAUAAUAAUAAUAAUCAGACUGGAGACCGAACACAGGUGUUUGAUCUACUGAAGAAGAUAGACGCUAUGGUAAAAGCAAACGGAGGGAGUUUCUAUUCAUGUAAGAUGUUCAGAGAGAUGGAAAGAGAAAAACAAGAACAACAAAUGAAGAUCCUGAUGGACAGAGUCAGAGAAAGAGAGGAACUGAUGGACAAACUAGAAGAAGAGAAAGAGAGAAUGAAGAUGGUGAUGGAGGAAGAACGACAGAAUCAAGAUAAAGAGAGAAAUAGAAGAGACGCUGAGGAUAAGAAUAGGUGGGAGAGAGAGAAACAGAUUUGUGAUGAACAGUUUCAUAGACUGAAGAGUGAAAUGGAGGGAAUAAUCAGAGUGAAAGAGAGAAUAGAAAGAGAGAGACAAGAACAACUAGAGGAUUUAGAGAAGAGACUGAAAGAAGAACGAAAUGUGAGAGAAGAUCAACAAAAGUAUUUUGAAGAGAAACUGAAACUCCUUGAAGAACAGCAUGAAGAAGAACUGAGAAGACGACGAGUGGAGUGGAGACAGCAAUAUGAACGAGAGAAAGAGAAGAUGAAGAAGAAGUUCUGCUCUGAAAUUGGUCAUUCACUACAGGGAGAAAUCAAAGACAUUGGAACUGCAGAAGUCAGAGCAGAAAGAAUACAGCAUCUAUUGCAAAGACUUCAUCUUGACAGGCACCACAAUAAACUGAGAGCUGCAGAUGUUCUUCAGAUAACUAAACAUUCAUUACAGUCUCAUGAGUCUUGUGCUGAAGAAGAGCUGAUUCAGACAUUCAUACAAAAGCUACUGAUGAUGAACUACAGAGCAAGAUGCAUUCAUGCUAAAGAGAACAAUGACUCAUUUGAAGAUGAGAGAGAUAUUUUUAAAGAUUUAUCUUUAUCAAACACAGGAACGAGUCAAUCUGUGCAAAUCCACCCAAUGGAUGUUCAGAUGGCAUUAUUUCAUUGUGCUGAUGGUUUCCUGAAGCAGCUGAUGGUCACUAAACUGUCCCAGUGUCAGUAUGCUCUGCCUCUGCUUGUUCCUGAUCCAUUCACACAACAGAUUGAGUUUCCUCUCUGGACAUUCAGACAAAUCAACAAGAGCUGGAAGAUGAGAAUCACCAACAAUCAAAUCACCAGUCAAACCCAGCCGAUCUACAAGGCAGAAACUCCAAUGGUGUUUUUCUUCAGGUUUGGUUCUGUGUCUUCAUCCAAGUCUCAGCUGAUGAACAGUUUGAUCAAUGAGAAACACAACACGUUCUUCCACAGGAACUGCCCAGGCAGCAGCAGAACCAGAGUCCUGAUGGAUGGAGUGGUGGAGAUCGCCUGGUUCUGCCCCUCUGGGAAAAACAUGGAUAAAUUCACUGAUUGUGUUGCAUUCUGUAAUCUUCAUGGCGAUGCAGGAUACCAUGAGAAACAGCUUCAGAUCCUCACAGAAAUGGCCUCAGUCAAUGUUGUUAUUCUGCCAAAACUUCAGAGGAAUGACAAAAGCAUGACAGAAGUAGAAAAACUCUACAAGGACUCAAAGCCACUCAUUUGUCUUUUUACUGAGGAUGUUUCAACUCUACCUGAGAUGCAGAAAGGGAAAUACAACAUUGGUUUGAAAGACAGAAAUCAGUCAGAUGUAUCUAAAGAACUCAGAAGAGCGAUAAAUGAUUGUCUCUCAGAACCAUCUUCCACUUUCAGACUUGAAGAUAUAACCAAACACUCAGACAUCAGAGUAGAUGAGGAAGACGAUGAUGACUGCAGGAGAGGUAGAGAAGCAGCACAGCAGAUGAUGAGUUUACUGAAGAAGAAAGAUCUGAUAAAAAAUAAAGAAUCAAUUCUCCCCUGUCAGGGGAAACUGUGGCAUCAGUGGAGUCAGAAGAACAAAGAACUACUUAAACUUCAAGGAGAAGAACAAGAAAAUGAAAAGGAAACAAAUAAAAAGAAAACAGAAAUGAAUAAAAUCCGUGAACAGCAGAAUAAAUCUGACGUUAGUGAGAUUGUAAAGUUCUUUAUUACAGAAAUUGACACUGGUGCUGAACAUGAGAUGAUGUUUUUCCUUAAAUGGCUUACAAUCCUUCUGGAUGAACAAACUUCAGGUGGACUCAAGUAUAAUGAAAAAUGGGCAUCAACUGUAAAACUAAAAGAGAAACCUGAUAAAUAUGGACAACAUCGCCCUAAACAAAAUAAACAUGUCAAAACAUCUGAAGAUCUUCAAGCUGCAGUGUUUGGUUUGGAGCACAUCAUGAGAGAGAUUGGUCAGAUCUAUGAAUCAUGUUCAUCUGUGAAGAAGCAAAAGAAAGGACUGCACUUUGACUUCUCAUCUCUCCCAAGUAUUGCAGCAGAGAUGAUGAUCUCUGGAUUUCCACUGGAGCUGAUGGAUGGAGAAGCUGAUCAUGUACCUAUGAUCUGGAUCUCUGCUGUUCUAGAUGAACUCAUCCAGAAACUGGGAGACCAGAGAGUCUUUGUGCUGUCAGUUUUAGGGGUUCAGAGCUCUGGGAAAUCCACUAUGCUGAAUGCCAUGUUUGGACUCCAGUUUGACAUCAGUGCUGGCAGGUGCACCAAAGGAGCUUUCAUGCAGCUGGUCAGAGUUUCAGAAGAGAUGAAACCACAGAUGAACUGUGACUGUAUUCUGGUCGUUGAUACUGAGGGUCUACAACUGGCUGGAAGAUCAACAAGACAUCAUGACAAUGAAUUGGCCACAUUUGUUGUUGGUCUUGGAAACCUGACAUUGAUCAAUAUCUUUGGAGAAAACCCAACUGAACUGCAGGAGAUUCUUCAGAUUGUUUUUCAGGCGUUCCUGAGGAUGAAGAAGGUCAGACUGAAUCCCACCUGUGUGUUUGUGCAUCAGAACUUUUCUGAUGUCACAGCCAGAGAGAAAAACAUGGAGGGAAGGAGACGACUGAAGGAGAAACUUGAUGAGAUGACAAAACUUGCUGCUAAGGAUGAGGUCUAUGAUGCAGAAUGUUUCAGUGAUGUCACUGGAUUUGAUGUUCAGUAUGAUGUGAAGUAUUUUGCUCAGCUCUGGGAGGGCAGCCCACCCAUGGCACCACCAAACCCAAACUACUGUAACAACCUUCAAGAACUAAAGGAAACUAUUAUAACUCAUGCCUCCAAAUCACAUAGAAUGAUGCUGACAGACUUAAAAGAUUACAUUAAAAAUUUCUGGGAGGACAUAUUGAAGGAACUAUUUGCCCCCAGCUAACAGGGAAUGUUGUCGUAACUUUGGCUAACAUUCUACAAGGUUCUCUCAAAGUUAUGAACAAAUGUUUUUCCAGUAACAUUAAUAGAACAUUUGUUUUGAAAGUUUUGUAUCUUGUCCCAUAGUUAUUGUUAACUAUAGUUAACUUUUUUUUUUUUAUUAAUGUAAAGGUUAUGCAAGUGUUAUAAUUAAACACUUUAAAUGAAAUCACAAUAUUUUCAUUUGUGUUUGGUAAAUGUUCUCAUAAUGUUGACAGAGAACAUAUUCUUUAAACAACAUUCUUUGAAUGUCCCUUAAAUAUUAAAGCUGCAGUAGGUAACUUUUGUAAAAAUGUAU